AUGAGUUCGGAUAUUCCUGGUUUUUAUUUUGAUACUGUUCAACAACGUUACUAUCGUCUGUCACCGCAUUCAUCAAAUAAUGUUCCUAGUGCUCGUGCUAUCAAUGAUCGAGCACGGCAAGAACAACAGAUUGCUAAACAACUUGAUUUAAUAAAGCCUCAUUCAAAAAAAUCUUCUCAACACCAUAAUGAAAAUAAAAGAUUAAAUAAAUCUCGUUUAUCAUUACUUCGUCAACGUGAAUAUGGUCAAACACCGAUUGAACUUUGUCACAAUAACAUUCGUUCGAAUUUUAUAGAAAAUCUCUCACCAACAUGCUUUCUUGAUAAUUCAUCAUCAUUUUCUCUUCCAAUUCAUUCCCAAGGCAAUUCAAAUUAUGAAAUGACAAUUACAUCCACUGGUCAAUCUAUUCAAUUAAUCGAUUAUAAAUUAUAUUUAAAUCUAUUAGACAAUCCAACGUAUACAUAUCAAUUACAACCAAACACAAUAGAUAGUUAUCGUUCCUCAUAUUUCAUUGAUUCAUCUUCACCAUUCAUGUCGGUCACAUUAUUAAACGAUGAAAAUCAUGUGAUUAUUCGUUUUCUUAAAUUUUCCGCUAUACCAUCAGAUCAUUCAUUGCUCAUGUUAUCAAGUAAUCCAUUAGCAGCAAAAUAUUACUACGAAGAAAAAUACAAAACCCUCCACUUACCAUCGCCACUAAUGAAUCAUGCAUCGCCAUUAAUGAUAAAAUGUUCUGGUCCAUGUUGUUAUUCAGAGUCAUUGGAUCGUUUUGCAUUUAAUAUUAAUAAUUUUGUAUAUAUCUAUGAUCUUCAAACAUUUAAUACCAUCGUUUCAUUACGUGUACCAAUACGUCGUGUUACAUUGAACGAUAUGAAAUUUUCCUAUGAAAAUUCCAAUAUAAUUUAUACGACAAAUGGACAACAAUUUCAACAAUGGGAUAUGCGACAAUCAAAUCGUUCAUGUUCAUUAAGAAUGCCAAUACUUUGUUCGACUAUAAAAUGUUUAAAAUCAAAAUCUAAUUACAUCCUAACAAGUUCAUUUGAUGAACAAAUUAAUCUCAUUGAUCUACGUAUGGCAACCAAACCUUUACUUAUUUAUGAUGGCUCAUCAUCAUCAUCAAAUAAUCCCCAUUUUACAUUUGAAAUUGAUAGUGACACAGAAAACUUUAUAGUUGCUUGUUCGCAAUAUCAUAUUUUAUAUACGUGGGAUUUGAAAACGAGUCAAUUAUUGAAUCUUUUACGAUGUCCAAUACCACAACGUUUCAUUCAUACAUCAGUAAAAUGUUCGAUAGCUUGUGCUGAUAGAAUGCCUAUAUUAGGAGUUUAUCAUCCAGAGUACUGUCGAAUGACUGGAAUGAUGAAUAGAAAAUUUUUUUGUUGA